GCGCAGCCAAGUGCUUCUUGAAAGUGACACCAGAAUGCACGACAGUUGCUGUUCGUAUCCAACAGAAGUAUAAAUGUACAUAAAGUGAGAUUUCAUUUUCAUAAUUGUUAAUAAAAAUAAUUUAUACGUUUUAAAAAAUAAUUUUGGCACAAUUUACAAUUCACAAAAAUUUAGCGUAUUUGAUUUCGUGCUUCGUAUUGGACAAAAACCCCUUGGAACUCAAUUAUUUAGUGAUUCUGAGAACCACCUUGUGACCAGUAGGAGAUGGUCAUGGAAACUCCCCCCAGCCCUCAAUGUGUGGGAAGAGAAUUUGUACGGCAAUACUAUACAUUACUGAAUCAGGCACCAGCACAUCUUCACAGAUUCUACAACAACAACUCUUCGUUCAUCCAUGGAGGCUUGGACCUCCCGAACAGAGAGGCCAAACCUGUGGUCGGACAGAAGCAGAUACAUCAGAAAAUACAGCAGCUGAACUUCAGGGACUGCCACGCCAAGAUCAGCCAGGUUGACUCGCAGGCCACGCUGGGCGAUGGAGUUGUUGUGCAGGUGACGGGCGAGUUGUCGAAUUGUGGCCAGCCAAUGAGACGUUUCACCCAGACGUUUGUGCUGGCCGCUCAGUCACCGAAGAAGUAUUAUGUGCACAAUGAUAUCUUUCGCUAUCAGGAUAUAAUCUUCAGUGAUGAAGAGAUGGAGUCUAGCCGCUCGGAAGCUGAAGAGGAGCAAGAACCAGAGCACUCCCCACCUGCUGAUGCAAUGCCACCGAACCAGCCCAUGGUGGCCCCUCAGCCGGCCAUGUACUACUCGCCGGCCAGCAACCCUCCCGCCGUGGUGAACGGCUCUGCCCACCCGGAGGAAGUGAUGGUGGCCGCCCCAGCCUUGCCGGCCACGCCACUGCCACUGCCGCAGCCGGCCCUGCAGCCCAUGCCUCCCCCGCAGGUCGUGAUGAGCGCCCUGCACCCCCCGGUGGGCCUGCCGCCCCCGGAGCCCCAGGCGGAGGAGGAGGAGCAGGGUGACGAGGAGGGGCAGGGCGACGAGGAGGCGGGGCCGCAGGAGGGGCCCGAGGAGGAGGAGGCGGAGGCCGCGGACGCCCCUGAGCAGCUGGCAGUCGCGGAGGACGCGGACAAGGAGGCCGCGGUCCCGCUCGAGGGCCUGGACGAGGCGCCCCACCUCGGCGAGACAGUUUCGAAUGAGCCCAAGACAUAUGCAACUUUGGUCAAGUCUGGUGGUAUUGGUAACAUUGGUCCGCCAUCAUUUGCUUCAACGUUGUCAACAAGUCCUACAGCUACAACUAAGCCAACUACUUCACCGCUGCCAGCACCUCGUGUGUUUGAGUCCCGAGACUCUCUGUCGUCGUCAGGAGCGCCUGGAGGUGGACCAAUGGGAAUGGCUCAGUCCCAGCGAGGUGUUCGGGGAGCCCGGGGAGGUGCUGUGCGGGGAGUGAUGAGGAAUGACCGCGGUGGGCCUGGGAGGACAAGUUUCAAUGAAGACUCGGGAAACGUGGUUGGCCCAGAUGGUGACAGGCGUCGCUCAGGCCCGAACACACAGAUGUACUUGGACAGCCAGCAGCUGUUUCUAGGCAACCUGCCGCACAAUGCAACAGAGGAUGAUCUCAAGCAACUGUUUGGCAAGUUCGGCACAGUUAUUGACAUUCGGAUUCACAGCAAGCCAAACAACAAAAACAUGCCCGGUAACAGAGUCCCUAACUAUGGCUUUAUAACCUUCGAGGAUUCUGAAACUGCACUGACUGUUCUCAGUAGUCGGCCAAUCAUGUUCCCGGAUGAGAACGGACAGAAGAUGAAGCUCAACGUGGAGGAGAAGAAGAACCGGCCGCGCCAGCUGCAGGACGGAGGGCGCAUGUUGGGCGGCGAUGGCAGCAUGGGUGGUGGGCGGCCGAGUGGGGGGGGCAUGGGCGGCCCGCGCCCCAUGGGUCCUGGCAUGAUGCGUGGGGGCCCGGGCAUGGGGCACCGAGGCGGCAGCCGGGGCUUCUCCCGUGGCGACGGGCGCGGGGGAGGCAUGAGCCGGGGCGGGGGCACUUUCACCCGACGCUAGUACGCGAGUGUCCCCCUGCAUUUGUGUUACAUUGAGAGAUUUAUCGUAAAUGCAAAGAACAGUGUUGAUAAAUCUCAAGUUGAACUAUACGAAAGUAAUUGAUAACGGAGUAAUCAUUUUGUGUUAUAUUGCCAAUGGAAUAUGAUAUACUACCUUACACAUCCUAUUUUGAAGAUUCAUCAAAAUGGCUGCUGUUUUGCCUGCUUUAAUAUGUCCAAAUGUACAGUGACUCGUUACAAAAUAUAAUUUGGCCUAGCUAUUGCAUUGCUGAAUAAUAACAAUAAUUUGAUAAUGUAAUUGCAGUUUUCUUCUCAGUGAUAGUUUCACAGAAAUUCUUCAGUUUUAGUUGUUGACCCUAAUAAACCAUUUUAUAAGAAUUUGUUUAAUCAGAUGAACAGCAUUACAAGUUUUGUGAUACAAAGUGAAAUGGCCAAUAGUAAUUCCCAAUGUUAAUUAUCAAGAAAGUAAAAGUGAGUAAUUUAAAGAGUAUUAUUACAUCAGUGCUUUUUUUAUCUUCUUUUCUGGUGUAGUUAAUAUUCUAAAAAAAAAACAUUUUCUUGCAUUAUGAAAGUGCAUCAGAUAAGUAUUAUCAGUCAGACUUUUUACUCAGCUGAGUUGUUGAUGUGAAUUCCACAUUAUAGGCUGUUGUACUACCUUUUUUUGGGGAUAAACUAGCGUCAAGCUGAUUACCAAUCAUGUUCACGGAAAACAGAUUAAAAAUGACAUUUCAAUAUAGACAUUAUGCUAAAUUAAUUUAUUUUACCACUUGUUGCACUGAAUGAAAUGUCAGUACAUGUCUUCUGUUUUAGUCUGUUUCCCCUCAAGGAUUUUGGUUAAAAAAUAUUUGUGAUUGAUUGCAUAGUUUGCCGGGCUGAAAAGAGAAGACGUGAAGUGAGACACUGUUAAGAGGCGUAGGAGAUGAACAGUCUGAGUGUGAAAUGGUGUUGGUGCGUAUUGUAGCCAAAGCUUCUGAUGAUGAAGCGAAGCUUUCACGAAGAAUGCUGUGGCAACGUUAAAAUAUUAUUCAAAUAUACUGUGGUACUCGUCUUCAGACUGCCUCAUUGUUUUUAUUUUAGGUUUACAGAGUUGUGUUUGUGUGUUAUUGGGUACAUUUGUACAGAUUUUCCUUUGCAGAUAUUUUUUAAGAUUAUAGUAUUUCCCUGUGAUAAUAAUAUAAUAAAAGUUUAAUAAGUACUUCUAGUGUCAUAACAGAAAUGCCUUACGUUUAAGUUGAAGCUAAGUGGACUGACUUUUCCUUUUACUAGUAACAAAUUUUAUUUGCAAAAUUUGUUACUCUCUGGCAUUUGUAAAUAAAUUUUCAUUAUUUUGUGUAUUUCAUAAGUGAAGUGAUUUUGCAAAACUAUUGUACAAUUCCCUAGUCAGUAACAUGAAAACAGCAUGCGUUCAAAUGUUAUCAUUUCAGAAAGUAGUAUACUGCACAUUUUGAUCAGAUAAGUGCUGCUAGUUUGGAGUAAUUUUAGGCUAAAAGACUUAUGAAAUUUAAAAUUAUGGUACACCUGCAAUAAUAAAUGUUUAGCUUUCCUCUUUUAGUUUUGUGUGCUUAAGUCUAAAUCUUAUCUUAUUUUCUUUUCAUUAUACAGACUGUGCAAAAUGUGUUCAAUAAAAUUUUGUGUUGA